CUCGCUCUAGUCUCUAGAAACACAGCAAAGUUAAAAUAAUGUGUUUUUCUUUCAGCUUUUACAGAAUCUUGGCAGACAGGGAGCUCUGACACAUCUCCUUCUAGGCGAGGAGAUGAGAGAGAAAUAAUUCUAUUCUAUGGGGAGAUUUGAAGAAGGUUUGAUUUUUGAAUGUGAUUGUGAUGGUCACUAAAUUAUGCAUUCUGUGUCUGGUAGUUUUAAAGGUCGAAUGGUUUUCAGUUGGGUUUUUCAAACUUCAGCUUUGCUGGGUCCUCCCGAGUCUUGUCUAAUUUAUUUGCUAUUUUUUAAACUGAUUUCGACCGUUGAUUCUGCUUCUCUGUUGGGCAACAACAACAGCAGCUCAUGGGUACUCGUUUAAUUUGAGGAUCAAACUGAGGCUGAUUGCUGAUUUUGGAGGUAUUACUGUAUUCUAGCUUAGAGAGAGACUGAAGUUUGAAGACAAAGCUGUAGGGGUUUGCUGAUUCCUUGAAGCAUCUUCUGGUUACGAUUGAGAUCGAGGAGGUCGAGAGGUUUAAAGAUCAAGCUAUGUGUAUUACUUUCUGGAGAAAAGGACAAAUUCUAGUUCCUGAGGCUUAAAGAAGAUGCUGUAGAGAGGGAGAGAGCAAAAUGGAGGCCUUUAUCAGGUUCUGGUGACUGUAAAUGGUGAAGGGCGCUUUGAAUGUUGAGGAAAGUCAAAGCAAUUUGAGUUGGUGCAGCUUUCUUGACCAAUCUGAUCCGUACCAUAUAGAAAUCAUGGUGGAAGAUAGAGAAAAAGAAGUUAUAACAGAUAUUCAAUCAGUUGAAGACUGGUUAUCACAUGCUCAAGAGCUUGUUCCCUUGGCACUUGAUAAGGCCAAAGCUGUAAAGGGGUUUCCUGGCAGAUGGAAGAUGAUAAUUUCCAAGUUGGAGCAGAUCCCCUCACAUUUAUCUAACUUGUCGAGCCACCCUUGCUUCUUCAAGAAUGCACUUUGCAAAGAGCAAUUGCAGGCUGUGUCAAAGACGCUGAAAGAAGCAAUUGAAUUGUCAGAUUUAUGUAACAGUGAGAAAUAUGAGGGUAAACUUAGGAUGCAGAGUGAUCUUGAUGGUUUAUCUGGGAAAUUGGAUUUAAAUUUACGAGAUUGCGCACUUUUGAUCAAGACUGGGGUGCUUGGUGAAGCUACUUUGCAUUUGGCUGCUGCUGGUUCAUCAACAGAACCCGAGGCUGCCAUUCAUAGCAAUAUAAGGGAAUUGCUUGCUCGGCUUCAGAUCGGGCACUUAGAGGCCAAGCACAAAGCUCUUGACAGCCUCAUUGAUGUCAUGAAAGAAGAUGAGAAGACCGUUUUGGCUGUUUUGGGCAUAAGCAAUAUUGCUGCUCUAGUCCAGCUAUUAACUGCAACCUCUCCUCGUAUCCGGGAAAAGGCUGUUACUGUAAUCUGCUCGCUUGCAGAAUCUGGGAGAUGCGAGAAUUGGCUUGUUUCUGAAGGUGUGUUGCCACCGCUAAUACGGCUUGUUGAGUCAGGUAGCACAGUGGGCAGAGAGAAAGCUACCAUCUCGCUCCAGAGAUUGUCAAUGACAACAGAAACAACUAGGGCAAUUGUUGGACAUGGUGGGGUUCGACCACUGAUUGAAAUCUGUCAAACUGGUGAUUCAGUAUCACAGGCUGCAGCUGCUUGUACUUUAAAGAACAUAUCAGUUGUACCUGAGGUUAGACAAAAUUUAGCUGAAGAAGGGAUUGUGAAAGUCAUGAUCAAUCUCCUUGAUUGUGGAAUUCUACUAGGAUCCAAAGAAUAUGCUGCAGAAUGCUUGCAGCAUCUCACUGCCAGCAAUGACAAUCUAAGGAGAAUUGUUAUUUCAGAAGGCGGAAUCCGAAGCCUAUUGACGUAUCUAGACGGUCCAUUGCCCCAAGAAUCUGCAGUGGCAGCAUUAAGGAAUUUGGUCACCUCAGUUUCUAUGGAAUUGUUGGUGUCUCUUGGUUUCCUCCCUCGCUUGGUUCAUGUCCUUAAAUCUGGAUCAUUGGGUGCACAACAAGCUGCUGCAUCUGCGAUUUGUCGGGUUUGCAGCUCAACUGAGAUGAAAAAAUUGGUGGGUGAAGCAGGAUGCAUUCCUCUGCUUGUCAAAUUGCUUGAUGCUAAAUCAUACAGUGUUAGGGAGGUUUCGGCACAAGCAAUUUCAAGUUUGGUGAUCUAUUCACAGAAUUGCAGAGAAGUUAAAAAGAAUGAUAAAAGUGUGCCAAAUCUGGUCCAAUUGCUUGACCCAAGUCCACAAAACACUGCAAAGAAGUAUGCUGUGUCCUGCCUAACAUCUCUUUCUUCAAGCAGGAAAUGUAAAAAGCUGAUGAUUUCCUAUGGAGCAAUUGGGUACCUCAAGAAGCUUACUGAGAUGGACAUCCCAGGGGCUAAGAAGCUGCUUGAGCGGUUGGAAAGAGGGAAAUUAAGAAGUUUGUUCAGCAGAAACUAGAGGAAAAGUUGUACCCUUCUUUUGUAUGAUAAAGUUUUAAUUUUUUUUUCCUCCAUGUAAUCUCUGUUUCAUUUUCUGUAUGAAACAAUGUAGUGAGUGAUGAAGAUGAACUGCAGCUCAUAAACUGCAAUCUGUGCAAUCAAUCUUAUAUUUAUAUAAAUAUGUAAGACUUCCCAGUGUGUC